UCUUCUAUUUGAAAAAUGAAGCCGUUCAGAGUGUGUUUUUUGUUCAUUUGCUAUUUGACUAUUAUAAUCAUAACAUUCGUUACAGAAUCCGUCCAAGAGAAAAAUGUUCAACAAUAUAGCGACACAUUUCUGAAAGAAUUGCCACUUUACUACUGCCAUCCUUCUCUUAUCACAGAUGACGGUGUCGUUGAACGAACCUGUAAAAUUAUAUUCUCUUCGGAUAUACCCCAGUCAGCAAAAGCUAGAGCAAGAACAGCCUCCAGUAUUGUUACAAAAAGAGGAAAUCAAUUUAAAAAUUUUAUGUUGGGUAAGGACACUUCUAAAGAUGCUGGUAAUCGAGUUCAGAAAGGAUCAUAUAUACCAGUAAAAUCUAACGGGAAAAGAGACGAUUCGACUUCUACUGUUUAUGGUAUUUACACGGGACCAAGUGACAUGGAAAUUUUUCAAAAAUGGCUGUCGUCGUAUUAUUUACAAUAAAUCUUAGAUUUUCAAAAAUGGAAUCUUCAUACAAUAUUCAUUAUUGACAUCAUUGAUUAUCGAUAAGCUUCUGUGUAGAAAGUUUUCUAGUCUUCUG